GUCUUUUUGCCCAAGUCUCGCACAACACUCUUCGUAAAAUGCGUGGUAAAUGACCGAUGAAUACACAGGAAUCGUUAGAUGGCGCUUGGAUAAUCCAGAUCGUGAUGUCGUAUGUGUGUAGAAAACAGUUCCAACCUCUAGCUUAUGGAAACAAAUAGUCUUCGUGGGGUGAUGCUCGUCUUGGGCGUGUCGUGUCGUGCCGGGAUGUGUGGUGCAUGUACCAAAGUGCGGAGAUGCCAGGCGAACGGAUGGUCGAACAGAAGAAGAAAGGACUGCGGAUGGCGGAUGAUUUUUCGACUCAUCGGGAUGGGCCAUAAAUCUUCCAGCAACCGCCACCUCGCGCUCGCCGUCCUGAUGUGGUAGUAAAAAAGACCAAAGAAAACAACCGCUUCGCUCCUCGUCCCCUAACU